AACAGAGGACGCACGUGAGGUCACCUCACAUGUGGAACGGCAGUUAUGCAACAUACAUUGUUCGUGUGAUUUGUUUAACCCUUUUUCUGCUGGACUGAAUGAUCUUCGUACACACACGCCCACCGAGCCUCAUUUGGACAUUUUCUUCCAAACAGGCAGACCCCAGGAAAGAAAAUGUCGAACCUGACAGCGGCAUCUUGUGAGACUACGACCGCUUUGGAGAGCGCCGAGCCCGUGGAGACGGCGAAGCCGUGCUGCGAAUGUCCGGAGACCAAGAAAGCCAGAGAUGCAUGCAUCAUAGAGAAGGGCGAAGAGAGUUGCACGGACCUCAUCGAGGCGCACAAGGAAUGUAUGCGGUCGCUCGGGUUCAAUAUUUAAACGCGUUCGGUCCGGAAAACUUCAGUGUCUGGUACUCCGCGUCUCUGGGUCUGAAGGGAAGGUCUGCACUGCUCUGAAGUUGCUGGGUUUCACUCUGUGUUUUUUAUUCAGCUGUAUUUAGCCCUGGGGAGAGUACUCGCCCCCAUGCUGUGAUGUUCCUGUGAGUGGAAAUAAAUAGAUCCUAUGCA